AGAGAAAAAGAAGAAGGAAGCGAAGAAGAAGAAGAAGAGGAAGCAGCGUGGUCAUUCAGACUGUUUUGCACUGAAUUAUGAAAACAAAACAAAACAGAUGAUUUCUUGGUCGUAGUGCAUUUUGAUAUUGCAUCUGCAGUUCAGUCAACAUGUCUUCAGUGGAGUAUUUGAGAGGGUUUGUUAACGAUCGAUUAACCGCAGCUACUGAGGAAAUAUUCGGAGUUUUGAGAACAACUAUCGUCGGGUACGAGGAAGAGAUCGACCGUCAGCGCAAACUACUGGAUAGCUUUUGGAAACCUCACAUAAAGUUACAGAGAAUAGACCUGCCUCUACAACAUGUCUGUAAGGAGGAGGAUUCUUCUGACCAGCAGCUCUGUGUCCAGGAGAGGAACUCCAGUCUGGACCCAGAGCCUCCACAGAUUAAAGAGGAACAAGAGGAGCUCCGCAGCAGUCUGGAGGGAGAGCAGCUCGACUUGGAGGAAGAGUUUGAAUGCUGUGAGUCAACCCCAAGUGAAGAAAGUGACAAUCGGGAGCCAGAGAGUGACCACCAGCUUUUAUUACACAAGUCUCGUAGUGCUGAGGCUGAAGACCCCCAAAGCGGCCAGCAUAGCAGCUCAGUAUCAACAGGAAAAGCAAAAGCAAUACGAGAAAGAACACCUCCCAAAAGAGAAGGUUGCAACACUGAAAACUCAGAACACCCCUGUAAUCCUCACAAAGAUAGGAAGUCUUUCAAAUGUGAUACAUGUGGGGAAGCUUUUCAGCAGAUGUCAGGAUUACAGACGCAUCUUCGUGAACACACAGAGGAGAAGCCAAACUCUUGCAAAACAUGUGGAAAAGAUUUCAGAUCUAGUUUUGGACUGAAAGUCCACAUGAGAAUCCACACAGGUGAGAAGGUGAACUCUACCUGCACCCGUGGUAAAAAAGUCUCUCUUAAGUCAGAGUUGAAGAAGCUCAAAGAAGGGCAUAUAGAUGAACAGCUGUUUACAUGUAAAGCAUGCAGCCAAACGUUCAGGUUAAACACUGACUUGAAAGCCCACAUGAGAGCAGACCACAAAGGUCAGAAGCUGUUUCCUUGCACAAUAUGUAAAAAAGUUUCAGACUGAAGUACGUAUUGGAACGCCACCUGAAAAUGCACGCAGGUGAGAAGCCUCACUCUUGUAGCACCUGUGGAAAAAGAUUCCUGCUGAUCAGCGAUGUUACGAGGCAUAUGAGGAUUCAUACAGGGGGAAAGCCUUUUGCAUGCGAAUUGUGUGGCCGAUCUUUCCGACAACGUUAUCACUUGAAAGCCCACAUGAGUUUCCACACAGGUGAGAAGACUCACUCCUGCAGUAUCUGCGGGAAAAAAUUUGGUCAAGGCUCAGAGUUAAGGCAACACGCCACAGUUCAUACAGGUGAAAAGCCAUUUACUUGCGGAACAUGUGACAAAUCUUUCAGGUUAAUGUGUAGCUUGAGAUCCCACAUGAAAUCACACACGGGUGAAAGACCAUUCCCCUGUGACACCUGUGGAAAAGCAUUUCACAAGACUUCAAAUUUGUAUAGGCACCAAAGAAGUCAUACUGGAGAAAAGCCAUUCACAUGUGCAACCUGUUACAAAUCUUUCAAAAAUGGGUGUGACUUGAAAAUUCACAUUAGAAGAGUCCACACUGGUGAGAAUGCCUUCCCUUGCAAGAUCUGUAAGAAAAAUUUCUACUUAUUAUGUCACUUAACACGGCACAUGAAAUCGCAUAGAAACAAGUAGCCGUGUGUGUGCAGAUGUGUGAGAGGUGAUUUUAGACAAAUGAUAGCUACAUCUCUACUUUUAAACUACAGUUUUCCUUAGAGGGGGUUCACAUCGUCUAUGUGUACUGAUCAUGUCUCUUGAUUGGCAAUUCAAGGUAGCAUGCAGGCUCAUAACGUUGCGUUUUUCAGAUAUGUGUGACAUGAUUCACUCAGCUGUUUGUGCUUGAAAUGCCCAUAACCCUGAAUACAUACCUCUCAAAAUGACCUGAAUAAACAACUCCUCUGCUGUGUGACGAGAAA